CCUCCCUUGCACGAUUUUCGCAUUACAGGAGGAUUGGUUUAAAAAGAGACCGCUCUGUUAAUUUGAUCGAGGAUUAACAAAUUCAUGCUAUUUUAACUGCUAAUCGAACAUAUGAGGCACAGGCUGGGAGAGAAAGACCAAGACAUGAAGAAAAUGAUGGACCCCAUUCUUCCUCAGAUACGUGUCUGACACAAAACCUGGAUUCGUUGUACUUCCAUAGGUGCGAACAUCUUGAAAGCGCACAGAUUUAGCGUUAAUACAGAUGCAUUAAAUCGCCCGACCUGUUUGAGUUCCUCUGAAGAUAAAGAUGAAGAAGCAGAACGUGCGAACGCUCUCUCUCAUUAUUUGCAUGUUCUCGUACUUGCUUGUGGGCGCCGCGGUCUUUGACGCGCUGGAGUCCGAGACCGAGAGCGCACGAAAACGCAUCUUAGAGCAGAAACGCAGCGACAUGAAGAGGAAGUAUCGCUUUACUGAAGAUGACUAUUGGGAGAUCGAGCGAGUAGUGCUGCAGGCAGAGCCGCAUCGCGCUGGAAGACAGUGGAAAUUCGCUGGAUCGUUUUACUUUGCCAUUACUGUAAUCACUACGAUUGGUUAUGGUCACGCAGCACCUGGCACAGAUGCUGGAAAGGUCUUUUGCAUGUUCUACGCUGUUCUGGGCAUCCCUCUAACACUGGUGAUGUUUCAGAGUCUAGGUGAGAGAAUGAAUACAUUCAUGCGCUACCUUCUCAGCCACAUAAAGAAAUGUAUAGGCCUUCAUCGUACAGAGGUUUCCAUGGAGAACAUGGUGUUGGUGGGAUUCUUGUCCUGCCUGGGGACUCUGUGUGUGGGGGCCGCUGCCUUCUCCCACUUUGAGGGCUGGACAUUUUUCCAUGCGUACUACUACUGUUUCAUAACUCUCACCACCAUUGGCUUCGGGGACUUUGUGGCUCUACAGAAGAAGGAGGACCUCCAAGAAAAGACACCUUAUGUGGUUUUCAGUUUCAUGUACAUCCUCGUGGGCUUGACGGUGAUCGGAGCAUUCCUCAACCUGGUGGUGUUGAGGUUCCUCACUAUGAACAGCGAGGAUGAGAAACGGGACGCGCAGGAACGGGCCUCUUUAAAGAGGGGUCGCAACCUCACUGCCAUGAAUGCCAGGCGAGAUAAUCACAGCCACAGCAACUUGUUCUUGCCCAUGGAAGAGGGCACAAGUCGCACCAACCUCAUCUUGUCGCCAGCAGAAGAACGUGGUCUGUACUCACCUCUGCCCCUGCCGUUACUUAAGAAUCAACAGCGACAAAAGUCCCAGCUGGGCAUGCUGUGCUCCUGCGUUUGCUACCGUUUGGGCCUCUGUGACAGCCCUGUUCCAUCACUCCACAAGUGCCCUGACUCACAUAUUAACUAUGUGUACUACAACUCUGUGUCCUACAGAAUCAGAGGUGGUUCUUCAACCAGGGACAAUACGGUCCUGUCCUCUCCAGGCAGCUCUCUCUCUCCUGGGCUCAGCUUUAGAGAGCUGCCGCGCUUACGGAGGAAAUCAGUGUAGCACAUGCUGGACAGACCUUAUAAGAUGAUGUGUCAAUUUUAGAUGGUGUGUAUAUUGUAAUAGGUAUUUAUUUUUUGUAGCACAAAUGAGCUAAGACAAUGGGUCUCUCUGACUAGUAACUGCGUGGAUUUUGCAUACUUUUACGCACAAGAAAAUUUCACACGAAAAAUUUCCUUCAGAUUCACGACAGGUUUCAUGACUUUGUUAACAGUAACACAUACUGCAAAUAGCCAAACUGCAUACUUUAUACAUUUUCAGGUAUCUGGCAAAUCAAUCCUCGAAAGGAAAUAACAAACAUGAUAACUGUCCAUUCUUGAUGUUAUGACACAGUUUGGCACAAUGAAAGGGUAACUAUGCUGAUCCCAUUAUGCUUUGUCUUUUUAAUCUUAAUCCAUAUUUGUACAAAAUGAGAUUGAACCCUGGGCAUUAAACUAGCUGCAGUAUAUACUGUAUAUAGUAUGAAAUAUCAUCCCCAAGAGAGAAAUAAAUACUGCCAUACAUUGUCUUUAGAGUGAUAUUAUAAUGCAUGAAGUGGAGGCCUGUUGAUUUAUGAUCUGACCUGUUUGCAGGUUCAGUCCCAUUUAGAUGUGAUUUAAGAAUAUUUGGUUUACUGAUAUUUAAUUCUACUCAACCAUAGUGCCUUUGAGCAAAACACUUAAUGCCAGAUUGCACAAAGGGGUUAUAGUAAAGUAAAAGCAGUAUAGUAAAAUUCUUUAGCUUUUAACAGUCAGAAGUGAUCAUCAAUGACUAGAUACACUAUUGGGAAACUCAUUUCUGCUUUUUACUUUUUAAGUACAGUAUGUACAUGACAUGUUUGAUUUUACUUUAUGCAUGCACAAUUCAGAAUGAAUGAUGAAUGCUUAAGGUUAUGUCUAUCAUAAUCUUUUGAUUAGCUGUGGGUUUUAUUUGUAUUUUUUUCUAUUGUGCUGCAUGUAAGUUGAAUAAGAACUGCAUAACAAAAUGAAUGCAGUGACAGAAAAUAAACUAACCUGCCCGUAGAGAAUUUUCAAUUUAAUUUUAAUUUAAGCACAUGGAAGGAAUUUGGAGAACAACAAUUAUUGUUAAUACAUCUUAAUAUUUGCACAGUUACACAAGUAAGGUAUUGAAAGGGCAUAUCUUUCUUGAGAUAUGAAACUGAGACACAGUUCCCCUCAGCAAGAUGUUUAGUUUCAUCACUAAUUUAUUGUUCUAAAUUAUAAGAAGAGUUAAUGCUGUAUGUGGACAAUCAAUAAUUAUACAGUGCCUGAAUUUCUUUGGUUGCUGUGCAGUCCAUCCAUAGCACGUGACAGUGUUGUUUUAUAUCUACAUAUCAACCAACUAACAAACCAGCUUUUAUUUAGCUAUAUAAAGGCUCUGAGUUUAAUAAAACCCUUUUAACACUUUCAACAUAAACAGCUAUUUUUUGUUGUUGUUGCUUAUUCUCCUGAGCAGUGGUAUUCUCUCAUUUCAUCUGGAGGAUCAAAAAUAGAUUGUCACUUGAAUAACUCAUUUAGUGGAACUAAUAGUGCAUCAAUCUGCCUGUACAGAAGCUGGUAAUAGAGAACAUUUGCUGAUUUGCAUAAUCAAAUAAAUCUCCCCACACCAUCACACUACCACUACCAUGCUUGACCGUAUGUGUGAUGUUAUUUUUGUGGAAUUCUGUGUUUGAUUAACACCAGAUGUAACGGGACCCCUGUCAUCCAAACAGUUCCACUUUCAACUCAUCAGUCCAAAGAACAUUCUCCCAAAAGCUUUGAGGAUCAACAAGGUUGGCAGUGGUUUUCACCUCACCACUCUUCAAUGGAUGGCAUUUUUGGCCAGUGUCUUUAUGAUAUUAGAGUCAUGAACAGUGACCUUUAUUGAUGCGAGAGAGGCCUGCAGUCCCUUGGAUGUUGUCCUUGGCUUUUUUGUGAUUUCUUGUAUGAGUCGCCGCUGUGCUCUUGGAGGAAUUUUGGAAGGUCGGUCACUUCUCGGAAGGUUCACUACUGUGCCAAGUUUUAUCCAUUUGGAAAUAAUGGCUCUCACUGUGGUUCUUUGGAGUCCCAGAGACUUUGAAAUAGCUUUGUAACCCUUCCCAGACUGAUGUAUUUCAGUCACCUUUUUCCUCAUCAUUACUUUUGACCUUGGCAUAGUGUGCUACUGGGUGAGACCUUGUAGCCAACAUCAUGCUGCUGAAAAAGGGAGCAAAUACUUUUUUUCACACAGGCCUAGUUGG